AACCAAGAAGAUCCGUUCCUUUCGCCUUCAGUAUCUUGAUUCCUCCCGUUCGUACCCACCUCUCCUCCUGGGCGCUCUGAGCAGCCAUUGGCAACCAUGAUCAAAGAGUAUUAUACCAUGACUCGCAGAUUGUGUCAAACAGCUUUGUGGUUUGAGCAGGGGUUGAGUUAAAAAUUGAUUGGAAUAGGAGGCGUGGUUGUUCACAUGCUGUGGCUGUAUGGAUUUGUUCGAAACUUUUGUGUACGUUAAACUCUACAACUCUGCCAAUCAAGUUACGGCCUUUGAUAGUCAGUUAUUCAAAGAGAGUAUAUAAAGGUUUAUCAAAUAAAAUAUUUUCUUUGGAUUAUUGGGCACCGGGCAUCUCAAUGAUUUGUUAUUGAAGUUGGUUUGAACUUUGAAGGAUAUUCGGCCAUAGCCAAAAUCUCUGUAGUGAAUUGUCAAGUUGUUGUGUCGAAUGAGUAUUGUAUUUUGCUAAGUGACUGAAAAUGGAAACUAUUUUAGAACAGCAGCGACGAUAUCACGAAGAAAGAGAACGUUUAAUGGAUGGCAUGGUGAAGGAAAUGCUUCAUAAAAAGACAAUGUACAGGGAGAUGAUUAACUCGGACCAUCGUUUGAAAAUGCUGUUGGAUCAUUAUAUGGAUAGUACCAAUAACCUAAAAGAAUUAUAUGAAGACAAAGAUGGUCUAAGGAAAGAAGAAGUAGCGGCUUUGUCUGGGCCCAAUGAGUUUGCUGAGUUUUAUACACGCUUAAAAGCAAUUAAAGACUUUUAUCGCCGCUUGCCUAAUGAGAUCAGUAUUCCCAUGUCAGUAGAAUUUGAAGAGCUAGCAAAGUUACGGGAAAAUCCAACCGAUGAACAAGCUAACAUGGUGGAAUUCACUGAUGAAGAAGGAUAUGGCAAAUACUUGGAUCUACAUGAAUGCUAUGAGAAAUAUGUAAAUCUUAAAGGGAUUGAAAAAGUGGAUUAUAUCACAUAUUUAACAACUUUUGAUCAUUUGUUUGACAUACCUAAAGAACGUAAGAACUCUGAAUAUAGAAAGUAUUUGGAAGCAUUAUUGGAUUAUCUACACGAGUAUGUACAGAGAAUUAAACCUCUUUUAGACAUCAGUGCGGAAAUGGAGGGAGUUCAGAGGCAGUUCGGUACGCAGUGGGAAGCUGGUACAUUUCCAGGUUGGCCAAAAGAAACUGGCAGUGCAUUGACAAAUGUUGGUGCACAUUUGGACCUCUCUGCAUUCUCAUCAUGGGAAGAACUUGCUUCUCUUGGUCUGGAUCGUUUGAAGUCUGCUUUAAUGGCUCUGGGUUUGAAAUGCGGAGGCACGAAAGGGAAGAAGUCCCUUGAUCCGUCUUUGUUUGCCAAAAGCAAGCCGGGCAAAGCCAGCAGAGGAAAGGAAAGUGAACGUCAGAAAGACGUUGCGCUGUUGGAAGCGCAGGUGUACAGGUUUACUGAAUUGGUGUCAGAGCAGCGGAAUGCUACAAAAGAAAACGUUCAGAGAAAGCAGGCACGUACAGAAGGGGAGAGAGAUGACUCAGAUGCGGAGGCAAGUGCCAGUGAAUCUGAGGAAGAAGAUGAUACUGAUGUACCAUAUAAUCCCAAGAAUCUGCCAUUGGGUUGGGAUGGGAAGCCUAUUCCUUACUGGUUGUAUAAACUUCAUGGACUUAAUAUAAGUUAUAAUUGUGAAAUUUGUGGUAAUUUCACAUACAAAGGUCCAAAGGCAUUCCAGAGACAUUUUGCUGAAUGGCGCCAUGCUCAUGGAAUGAGAUGUCUUGGCAUUCCAAACACAGCCCAUUUUGCUAAUGUAACUCAAAUUGAGGAUGCACUUGCAUUGUGGGAGAAACUGAAAUCUCAAAAACAAGGUGAAAGAUGGCAGCCAGAACAGGAAGAAGAGUAUGAAGACUCUUUGGGAAAUGUUAUUGUGGCUACGGCCGUGUCAUGCAUUUCUAUGUCAAGUUUUACUAAAAUUCAAGUCCAUGAAGCCCAGCAAGGCGAGGACCGUGUGAAUAGUAGAAGAAAAAGGAACUCGUCGAAUAGUGAAAAUAUCAGCAAAAGAGUGAAAAUAGACGAGAAGAGUAUGACAGACACAACUACAAAUAAUCAGAAAAGGGCAAACUUCUCGGCUUUGAGUAAUCCUAAUGGUGUUAACAAGAGUCCAGCUAUUAAUGCAAAACCAGGGGCAGCAAAGAAGUUAGUAAUAAAAAAUUUCAAAGAAAAACCAAAGCUUCCUGAGAAUUAUCAAGAAGAAACUUGGGAAAAACUUAAAGAGGCAGUUAUAGCUAUUCAAACAUCGACAUCUAUCCGAUACGGUCGUGAAGAACUGUAUCAAGCUGUCCAAAAUAUGUGUAGUCAUAAAAUGGCUCCUACUCUCUAUGCUAAUCUUACAAAUUUGACAGAGAAGCAUGUUAGAGCAAAUAUUAUGCAGUUUAUAGCAGAGUCAAUGGAUAGACAUAUUUUCCUUAAAAAAAUGAAUGAAUGUUGGUUAUCUCACUGUCAACAAAUGAUUAUGCAUAUUGUGUUGAACACCUUGGUUCAGACACGAACGGUGGAAGGACUUCUUAUGUUAAUAGAAAAAGAAAGGCAAGGUGAUACAGUCGAUAAAUCACUAUUGAAAUCUCUUCUGAGAAUGUUGUCAGAUUUGCAGAUCUACCAGGAUGCAUUUGAGAGAAAGUUUCUAGAAGCUACUGAAAGACUCUAUGCUGCAGAAGGACAAAGACUAAUGCAAGAACAUGAUGUUCCGGAAUAUUUAGCUCAUGUUGAUAAAAGAUUAAAUGAAGAAUCUGAGAGAUUAAUUCAUUACCUUGACCCAUCAACAAAGUGGCAACUUAUACAUACUGUUGAAAAACAGCUUUUAUCAGAACAUCUUACCAGUAUUUUACAGAAAGGAUUAGAUGGCCUUUUAGAAGAGAAUCGUGUCAGUGAUUUGACUUUAUUGUACAGCCUUUUUACCAGGGUUAAAAAUGGAUUGUCAGAAUUGUGUUCUAGUUUUAAUACUUAUAUCAAGAAAAAAGGCCGCACUAUAGUCAUAGAUCCUGAAAAAGAUAAAACAAUGGUCCAGGAAUUAUUAGAUUUCAAAGAUAAAAUGGAUAAUAUUGUAUGUCAGUGCUUCCAAAAAAAUGAAAAAUUUGCAAAUAGUCUAAAAGAAGCAUUUGAGAAUUUUGUUAAUCAGCGAGCAAAUAAACCGGCAGAACUUAUAGCAAAAUUUGUGGAUUCAAAACUGAGAGCUGGAAACAAGGAGUCUACUGAAGAAGAGCUAGAAAGACUGUUAGAUAAAAUAAUGGUUCUAUUUCGAUUCAUUCAUGGCAAAGAUGUAUUUGAAGCUUUUUACAAAAAGGAUUUAGCAAAACGUCUUUUAGUUGGCAAGUCAGCUAGUGUUGAUGCUGAGAAAAGCAUGCUAUCAAAACUUAAGCAAGAGUGUGGUGGUGGUUUUACUUCGAAGUUGGAAGGAAUGUUCAAAGAUAUGGAAUUGAGUAAAGACAUCAAUGUGGCAUUUAAGCAGCAUAUGGGAAAUUUGCGAUACCCAUCUUUACAUUUAGCAAACAUUGAUCUGACAGUUAAUGUUCUUACUAUGGGAUAUUGGCCAACUUACCCGGCUUGUGAAGUGAAUUUGCCUCUAGAAAUGGUUCAGUAUCAAAAUAUCUUCAAAAAAUUUUACCUUGGAAAACACAGUGGGCGUAAAUUACAGUGGCAACCUACUCUUGGUCACUGUGUUUUGAAAGCUACAUUUCCUCAGGGUAACAAAGAAUUGAUGGUGUCAUUAUUUCAAGCCUUAGUUUUACUUCUUUUUAAUGAUGCAAGUGAUCUGUCAUUAGAAGACAUAAAAAUAGCUACAGGCAUUGAGGAUGGUGAACUGCGCCGGACUUUACAAUCUUUAGCUUGUGGUAAAGCUCGUGUUCUUCAGAAAACUCCUCGUGGGCGAGAUGUUGAAGAUAAUGAUAGGUUUCAAUUCAAUAAAGAUUUUGCUAACAAAUUAUUUAGAAUAAAAAUUAAUCAGAUACAGCUCAAGGAAACUACUGAAGAGCAAAAGGCCACAGAAGAACGUGUGUUUCAAGAUCGUCAGUAUCAAAUUGAUGCUGCUAUUGUUCGCAUAAUGAAAAUGAGAAAAACAUUGAGUCAUAAUCUUUUGAUCAGUGAACUAUAUAAUCAGUUGAAGUUUCCUGUGAAGCCUGCUGACUUGAAGAAGCGAAUUGAAUCUUUAAUCGAUCGAGAUUACAUGGAACGGGAUAAAGACAAUCCUAAUCAAUACAACUAUGUGGCAUAAAUUACUGAAUCGAAGAUAUAUUUAAAUGCUUUGUCUUAUGACAGUGCAUACUCAAAUUAGUGAGAGACUGAAUGGAUAUGUGUCAUAAAAUAUUUAAUAACUGUUGGCAGUGGAAUACAGUCCAUGCUUUGAGGAUAUGUACAUGUGUUGUGAUCAAGAAGAAAAGUUAUAUACAAAUAUAUCCAGUGAAAAGAUAUUGAAGUGUAGUGAAGCUUAAUUUUGCCUUCCUUUGUGUGUAUGUUUGAGAGAGAGAGUGAAAGUAACAUAUAACUGUUCAAAUUUUAUCAGUUUCUUGUACGUUAAGUUGUGAGGAGGAAAUUUUCAGUUAAGAAAUACAUUGAACUACAUUGACUUGAAAAUGUCUUCACUUGCUGCGGCAUUGCAUGUUUUGAGAAUUUUCUUGUAUAGUGUGAAAACGAGGUCAUUGAUUGAGGAUUUGAAUAUGAGUGCUAAUAAAGUUUAACACUUGAAAAAAUUAUUUAUUGAUAAUGCUAUACUCUGUUCAGGUAAGCAAAAUAUUAGCUCUACAGUGCUUAUGAGCUUUGGCUCUUCAUUGCAGCCUUCAUUCUUCAACAGACUACUGAAUUGUCACUGAAUGGUGAUAAUAAUUGACUGCUGCAUUACUCUUGAGAAAUAUCUUUGUAAUGCUAUAAUUAUUCCAGUCAUUGCUUUCUAGUUGUAGUUUCAGUUGAACUGAAACCUUUGAUUAUGCAACUCAUCAAAGUUUAUUAAGAAAAUAUCAGUAUAAAAUUUUACACUGUAUAUGCCAGUGGUAACCAACUUUUUCUGUUAUUGUCAUUUUUCUUCACCAAAUGUAUGUUAUUGUGUUAAAGAGGUUUUAUGUGAAUUUUAAAAUCAUAGCAUGGAAUGAGAGCAAUGAUGUAAUAAAAGUUGAACUAAUUUUUAUUACUUGUGUGAAUAAAGUGUAUUGAGUGGUAAAGAACAGAAGUCCUUUGAUUUGGUAAGAUAGAUUAAUUGUUCAAGUAUUCUUUGUUUGUGAGAUGAUGCAAACGGGUAAUAAUUACAUUUGUGCAGGUUAUGAAGACAACAAUGAAUUCACCACACGCAUGUUUUUCUUCACACGGAAGUUGGCUACCUCAGGUAUAUGAGCUCAAUUUAUCGCCAUUUUCUUUAUUUUUAUUACAACUUUGCAAUAAAUCAAUCAUUUGGAAGUAUGUCAACAUGGUUCAUUUUCAACAUCACAAAAUUCCAAGUGAAUUGUUGCAGUUUUAUACAAAAAAAAAACCUUUUCAUUUAAUGGUAGUGCAGCCUACAUUUCAUGUCAAGUUUGUAUUAAAAAAUGGGAGUCCUGACUAUGAGUAAAACAGUUUUGUUUUGAAUUAACAGUUUAGAGCAAUUUGAAGGUCACAGAAUUAUCAUUAUUAUUAUUUAAAAUCUUUAUGUGGAGAGUUACUUCAGUAAUACUUUGUAUAAAAUUUGACAUGAAUAAAUUGUUUAUAAUAAGCAGCA